AUGGCUGUGCCCCAUCAGCCUUUAAUCCGUGAUGCUCCCACACUGAGAGCAAAGGGACCCCCUUUCCAGGGUGGUUCUAGGACCCUGUACGGGGCCUGUGGAACUUUCUCCAUUGGGGAAAUUCGUAACAAUUACAAGACUUGCUUCAAGUCUUGUAAGGCCUUCUCCACCGACCUCUGGGAUUCCGACCCUGCCAAGAAGCUCAUCAAUGACUAUGGGAGGAAUCAAACGCAGGGGAAAAUUGUGGAGUUGUUCAAACAUGUUUCCCAGAGCACAGUGAUGGUCCUGGUGAAUUACAUCUACUUUAAAGCCCAGUGGAAGAAGCCCUUUGAUCCCAGCCGUACUUAUAAGUCAGAGUUCCACGUGAGCGAGGACAGGACAGUGGAGGUGCCUGUGAUGACCACGGGGGGCCUGGAAAUGCCUUACUUCCGGGACGAGGAGCCCUGCCCCGCGGCGGAGCUCAAGUACACCAGCGAAGACAGCGGGCCCUUCAUCCUCCCUGACGAGGGCAAAAUGCAGGACGUGGAGGCCAAGCUGCUCCCAGAGACGCUGAGGAGGUGGAGAGACUCCCUGCAGCCCAGAUGGGUAGAUGAACUCUACCUGCCAAAAUUUUCCAUCUCCAGUGACUAUGAGCUGAGAGACUUACUCUUCCGGCUUGGCCUUAGGAAAGUCUUCACAGGUCAACAGGCUGACCUGUCAGGAGUCACAGGGACCAGCAAUCUGGUGGUUUCCGAGGUGAGCUCUGGUGUCCCCCCGGUGGUCCACAGCGCUGUGCUUGACGUGGACGAGGAGGGCAUGGAAGGAGCUGCCGCCACGGGAAGCAACUUGAUCUACAAGACUGGAGGAGUGAUCACUAUGCAUUUCAACAGGCCCUUUAUGUUUCCCACACUCAGUAAAGACACCCAGAGCAUCAUCUUUUUGUGCAAAGUCACCAACCCCAGUCAAGCCUAG